AUGACCAUGGCCGCGGAAAUGGUCGGCGGGCAGAGCGAUGAUGUUCAUCAGCCGCCCGCGCACAUCCCGCCCGCGCCGAUGGGUGACUACGUCUUCCCCGACCUGCGCUUGAAGCGCAAGAUGGUAGACCCGGAGAAGACUCCUCUGCUUCUGGUGGCUUGUGGCUCUUUCUCGCCCAUCACAUAUCUACACCUGCGCAUGUUUGAAAUGGCCGCCGACUACGUCAAGUUCAGUACCGAUUACGAACUCAUCGGGGGCUACCUGUCGCCUGUGUCGGAUGCCUAUCGCAAGGCUGGUCUGGCGAGUGCUGAGCACCGUGUUGCAAUGUGCCAAUUGGCCGUCGAUCAAACCUCCGACUGGUUGAUGGUAGACACCUGGGAGCCGAAUCAGAAGGAAUACCAACCAACCGCCGUGGUACUUGACCACUUUGAUCACGAGAUCAAUACCGUCCGUGGGGGGAUCGAGGCUGGCGAUGGGACCUGGAAGCCUGUGCGGAUCGCUUUGCUCGCGGGCGCGGACCUCAUCCACACCAUGUCUACCCCCGGAGUUUGGAGCCAGAAGGAUUUGGAUCACAUUCUGGGCAAAUAUGGCUCAUUCAUUGUCGAGCGAAGCGGAACCGAUAUCGACGAAGCUUUGGCGAGCUUGCAGCCCUGGAAGGAAAAUAUCCACGUGAUUCAGCAGCUGAUCCAGAACGAUGUGAGCAGCACCAAGAUCCGACUCUUCUUGCGUCGGGAGAUGAGCGUUCGCUACCUGAUCCCGGUGCCUGUCAUUCACUACAUUGAGCAGCAUCAUCUGUACGAGGAUGAUGGCACAUCAAAUGAGAAAGGCAAGGAAAAACAGGACGCUUGCAAAUCUGGGUGA